GUUGCGGCGAGCGAGGGACCACGGCACCAUCGCCAUCUCGCCAUCUUGCCAUCGCUACAGCCAAAACCCUCGAGCUCCGCAAAGCAAAACCCUUACCGAAGAAGAAAGGAAGGAAGCCGCAGCCAUGGCCACCACCGCCUCGUAGUCAAGACCGCCUUUUACUCGUCCUGCUUUAGGUACUUGCGUCUCAACCUCUGCUGCGGCUGCUGAGUUGAACCACUUUUCUGCCAUUCUCGCUUCGUUUGGAUCGUUGCAUGUAGUUGUGAACAGCAACAAAGCGUGAAAGAGGUCUGUUCUUUCCAAGACGGAGUGCGGAUGCGGGGACUAUCAUUUUGGUGCUCUCUUUGCUGCUUGGGCUUCUGUUUCUUAUGUUUCCGGCGGCGCCGUCGCAAACGGAUGGUGUGUUCCUCUGGUCUAUAUUGACUACAUUCCUUCAGGGAAAAUUUGGAAAGUUCAUGAGAUGAUUGGAGCUUGAGGAGGGCGGUCUUUUUGGGUGAAAAAUUUGCAAGAGUGAUGAUAGUUCUGUUAGCAUCUUUUUGUUGUGACCUCCUCUCUUCAGUUACUCGUCCAUGGCGCCGACUGUUCUGGCUAGCGCUGCACCUGUACAUUUCUGCGUGGAGCGUCGUGCUAAAUCGAUUGUCCGAAGCUUUCACAAGGUUUAUUGGAGUAGUAACAGCAUAUCGUCGCGAAAAAGAGCUGGAGUUACGACUCUGUUCUUUGAGGCAUGAUUAUGAAGACUUGAAAUUGCGGAAUGGUGAGCUUCAGAGAAAAUUAGAUGCCCUCACAAGAUAUCGCCGGAGGGUUAUGGAAACUCUUGACCUUGUGAUGGCUGACAAGGAAAAAGCAGUGAACGCUCUGAAGGUCUUGAAAAAUAAGGUUCAGAAUUUGGAAACCACAAAUCAACAGUUAGCUGAUAUUGAAGAGGUGCUACGGAGGGCUCUGGAAGAGAAUCUGGCAAACUUAAAAGCAGCCAACAAGCCAAGUACAGAAAAGCUUUAUAACAGCUUUAGUGCAGAUUCUCAAUUUGUUCAAGCUAAACGUCUCACCGAUAAAACUCUUCUUAACAAAGACACACUCAAAGACAAAGAAUCAUCUGGUGUCCCACAACCUGUGAGAGCUCAGCCACCUUGCAGGUCGGGACUGAUCGUUCGAACAAAUGUCGAGACUGUGUUUGUUGUUGAAUCUGAGAACGGUGCGGCCUUCGCGUCGACUAUGUUUAGUGCAUUGCUUUCAACUCUGGUGGCAAUAAUUGCGUGGGAGUCCAAGAGUCCUUGCAAACCUCUAGUGAUUGCCCUGUUCUCUGUGGUGGGCAUGUCGCAUAUCAGCGUAGUUCGCUUUUUCACUAAACUCCAGACGCAACGAGGUUUUUUGGCUGUGGCUCUUCUGAGCCUCAACUGGUUUGUUUUGGGAACCUUGGCUCACCCUGCCUUGCCACACGUUGGUCCGAUGGGGUCUGGCGUCUUAUUAGCUGUUGGUGGUAGGUUUCUUAAGUUCCUUGGGUUUGAAAACAUCAUGAGAGUUGUCGAGGUUACCAGCAUUUGAGCGGCAAUCGAUGCGAGAGUAGACAUUGCUCAAACUGCGGCCCUGUGUUGCAUGUUCGAUACUUGUAAUUAGAUGGUAGGUAGAUUUUUCUUUGUACAUGAAAUUAGUGUACAGGUAAAACAUGAAAGUUCUUAUUCAGUAUAUAGUGUACAGGGAUUCUCUAUAAAUUGAACUGAUUAAAAAAAAAAAAAAAAAAAAAAAAAAAAACAGUUCAGUUAGAAUGAGUAGGGACAAGUUCGAGCAGAUUUAAACAGAGAUGUAACUUGCUACCCUUUCCGUUAAAUGAAAGUUAACAGCUCUGGUGCUGGAACAGAUGUGAUAA